UUUCGAAACACUCGAGCUUCCACUGAGCGCGCUCCAUGGCGGGAAGCGAUUCACGGAAGCCGCUCCUCACGCUCAUUCGCGACUUCUCCUCCGAAAAAUCUCAAGGAGAGAGACGAAUCGUGAAUCAGAAGAAGCGAAUCGAGGAGCUGAGAUCCGAGCUGGAUGCAUCGAGCGCGGAGCUAGAGGACGCGAAGCGCCGUAAGGAGACGACUGAGCAACUGCUCAAAGGCUUUGAAGUUGAAUUAUCCAUGAAUGAGGUUUCCAUUCAGGCGCUAGAGGCGAGGAUUUCUGUGACGAACAGUGAGAUAUCAAGACUGGGGGCUGAAUUGGCGGCUCUCAAGAGUGAAGAGAGUUCCGCACGAGAUGAAUUUAUUCGGAAAAUGCUUGAGCUAAAUGCAGAGAUAAGGAAAUUUCAGGAGUUGCUAUCCUCCCCUCCCAAUGUGGUGGAUUUCUCUAAUGCACCUUUGAUUUGUGAUCAAGAUGCUCAACAAGCCGGAAUGGUUCCACAGAAUAAACUUGCUGAAAUAAUCUUGCUUACUGACAAGGGAGAAGAACAAUACAAAGCUGAACAAGUGUUUCAUGGCCAGAUCCUACAGGAGCUUACUAAUUUGGAAAAGAAAGCACCGCUGUUGGAGUCUCUGACUUCAGAACUGGAAAGGAAGUUUGCUGCUCUUGGUGAUGAACUGCAGAAGAGGGUUUUAUGUCCCCACUGUCAUCAAGAUAACUCAGAAGAACUUGGCGAAAUCUUUCAGAUAAGUGGUGGAAGCUAACAUACUCUCCUCCAGUAAGUAAUUUUCUUGAGUCACGUUAUAACUCCUCGAUCUUUGUGUGGCCACUAAAUGCGAACAAAGGAAACUAAGUACUCAAAUUGUUCAUAUACCAAAUCACUCACAUCCAUACUGUCGUAGCUAUGAGAAAUCCCGUACCAUACUGAGACUUAAUAUUGCAUGCUUGUAUUUUAUGGAUAUUGAUGCACAGAGCUUUUUCUGCCUCCGCACAUUCAAAAUAUUAAGGCUAUGAUUGGAU